CCUCUCCCUCUUUCUCUCUCUCUCUUCCUUCUCCUCUCAGCCCCUCCUUCCUUCCUCCCUUCCUUCCCUCCGCUGACAGCCGAAGCCGAAGCCCAAGCGGAGCCCGGGAGGCUCACUGCGGAGCCAAGCUGCAGCCGCGAUGGCCACCACCGUCACCUGCACCCGCUUCACCGACGAGUACCAGCUGUACGAGGAAAUUGGCAAAGGGGCUUUUUCAGUUGUGCGACGAUGUGUCAAACUCUGCACUGGACAUGAAUAUGCAGCAAAGAUUAUCAACACUAAGAAGCUCUCAGCAAGAGAUCACCAGAAAUUGGAGCGAGAAGCUCGAAUUUGCCGGCUCUUGAAGCAUUCCAACAUCGUUCGCCUCCAUGACAGCAUAUCUGAGGAAGGCUUCCACUACCUCGUCUUUGAUUUGGUCACAGGUGGUGAGCUCUUUGAAGACAUUGUUGCCAGAGAAUACUACAGUGAAGCUGAUGCAAGUCAUUGCAUCCAGCAGAUCCUGGAGGCUGUUCUCCAUUGCCACCAAAUGGGGGUCGUCCACAGAGACCUCAAGCCGGAGAAUCUACUUUUGGCCAGCAAAUGCAAAGGGGCAGCAGUGAAGUUGGCAGAUUUUGGCUUGGCGAUUGAAGUGCAAGGAGAUCAGCAAGCCUGGUUUGGAUUUGCAGGCACCCCUGGUUAUCUUUCUCCAGAAGUUCUACGCAAAGAGGCAUAUGGCAAACCUGUGGAUAUCUGGGCAUGUGGUGUUAUACUUUAUAUCUUACUUGUUGGGUAUCCUCCUUUCUGGGAUGAGGAUCAGCACAAACUGUACCAACAAAUUAAGGCUGGAGCCUAUGAUUUCCCUUCACCUGAGUGGGAUACAGUCACCCCUGAAGCAAAAAACCUCAUAAAUCAAAUGCUAACCAUCAACCCAGCAAAGAGAAUCACAGCUCAUGAAGCUCUAAAACAUCCAUGGGUCUGUCAACGUUCAACAGUGGCCUCCAUGAUGCACAGACAGGAGACUGUCGAGUGUCUGAAAAAGUUCAAUGCCAGAAGAAAGCUCAAGGGUGCAAUUCUUACCACUAUGUUGGCAACAAGAAACUUUUCAGUGGGCAGACAGACCACCGCUCCUGCCACAAUGUCUGCAGCAGCCUCCGGUGCCACCAUGGGUUUGGUGGAGCAAGCUAAAAGUUUACUGAAUAAGAAAGCUGAUGGAGUGAAGCCUCAGACAAACAGCACCAAAGGCAGUGGCGGAGUUACCAGCCCCAAAGGGACUCUUCCUCCAGCCGCACUGGAACCUCAAACCACCGUUAUCCAUAACCCAGUGGACGGCAUUAAGGAAUCAUCCGACAGCACAAACACCACCAUAGAGGAUGAAGACACGAAAGUUAAGACCACUGAUAAUGAGGUUGUAAAAAGCCAGAUGAAUCCAGGAUCUGUCCCUGAAAUUACUCCCAGUGUGCAGACAUCACCGAUGCCCUCUGUUUCUGCUGCUGCUAUUGCUGCUGCUUCCACCAAACUGUCUGAUAUAUUUGGCAUGGUGAAAAAAGGAUCAGGGGCCCCAGAAGUGGAAGAAUCAAUAACGUCGGUCUCUUCACCCUGUACAUCUCCAGCUAUUGCAAACCCUCUGCCUCCCCAGUCUGCCAAAUUGUCUGAUGUAUUAGGCAUGGUGAAAAGGGGUUCUGGGCCCCCCAAUGCUGAAGACCCAAAGCCUCCCAUUCCCCUUCCCAACCCAGCCUCAGGUGCUGCAAAUCCUCUUCCUUUCCAGUCUGCCAAACUCUCUGAUGUAUUGGGCAUGGUGAAAAAGGGUACUGGGCCACCGGAAGGUGAAGAGCCAAAGUCCUCAAUCACCCUUCCAUGUCCUCCUUGCAACGUUGCCAAUCCUCUUCCUCCCCAAUCCAACAAGUUGUCUGAUGUCCUAAGCAUGGUGAAACGGGGUUCUGGAGCCCCAGAAGCUGAGGGGCCACAGCCUGCUAUCUCCCCACUUUUCUUACCUCCACUCAUCCCAAACCCUCUACCUUCAGAUCCACGCAAACAAGAAAUCAUCAAGAUAACAGAGCAGCUGAUAGAAGCUGUGAACAAUGGGGACUUCGAGGCCUAUGCAAAAAUCUGUGAUCCAGGCCUAACAUCAUUUGAACCUGAAGCAUUGGGCAACCUUGUUGAAGGGAUGGACUUCCACAGAUUUUACUUUGAAAACUUGUUAUCUAAGAACAACAAGCCCAUUCACACAACCAUCCUGAACCCUCAUGUGCAUGUAAUUGGAGAAGACGCUGCCUGCAUUGCCUACAUCCGCCUGACGCAGUAUAUUGAUGGGCAGGGCCGUCCUCGCACAUGCCAGUCUGAAGAGACCCGUGUCUGGCACCGCCGUGAUGGCAAGUGGCAAAAUGUCCACUUCCACUGCUCAGGAGCACCAGUGGCACCACUCCAGUGAAGAACUAAUGCUGGCUGUUCUGGCUUCUUACCGAAGGAGACGGUGAUUUGAGCUCAGCCGCUAGCCGGGAGCAGUGGUGACAAGCACGUGCCCGCAUGCUCGUGUCCCCCCCUUCCCAUCCUCCCCUGUUUCAUUUCCAGUGCCUGUGUUUGCAAAAAAAAGAAAGAAAAGAAAAAAGAAAAAAAAAAACACACAAGAAAAAAAAAUCUAACCAGACUCAGUUCUAAAAAAACAAAACAAAACAAAUCAGCAAACCCAGCCAAACUGACCCAGCUGUCUUGAUUCGCAGCGUGGCCACACUACAGUUCCUGUCCCCACCAACUUCCAUUUCUUUGUGUCCGUCCGUCCGGCUGUUCAGGUGACCAGGUGUUGCAAUGAAAAUGUCUCAACUUCAAACAAACAAACAAAAAAAGGCUCCACCUCUCUGUGUCGACCCCAGUGUUGAACGGUGUUAGUUUGUUAGGUGAAAAAUGCAUAUAUAUAUACAUAUAUAUAUAUAUAUAAAAAAUAUAAAAACAAAACAAAAAAACCCAGAAAAAAACUUUUACAGUAUUUGCAUUCUCUGCCAAAGCAUGGGCCUUCUCCAGUGGUUGUGUUCGCGCUUGGAAGUCUGUGACCUGUGUUACUGUUUGUUUUUCUUUUUUGCGGAGGAUGCUCUCCCCGAGCUCUCGGGCUGACCAUUUCUUUUCUCCUCUGGCUGUGGUUGUGGAUUAUGAUGAUGAUGAUGAUUAUAAUUAUUCAGACUCUUUAUUUAUUUUGUUCUUCUUUUGGAUGGGAGGUGACCCCUUCUAGAGGAGGGGCCCCUGUUUUCUGGGCCCUUUCCAUGCUAACCCACUGCCGGUGGUUUCCCGGUGCGCUCUCGGCCCUGGCCAGACCGACGGGUUUUUACAUGAAGGGUAGCAUAGCCUUAGAGAUAUAACUAGGUCUCACUGCAGGUUUUUUGAAUGUCUGAAUUCUCAUUGGCACUCACAUUUUCCAAGCAUCCCCAACCCUGACCGCUUGUCAAGGGCUACCAACAGCGGCAUUGUCAUCCCUGGGCCCCUGCCAUGGCUUUAUGACCAGGGUGGGUAGAGUUGGAAGUCUCUGUUUAAUUGUGUUGGCUGGGACAGUCUUUACAGUUGGGUUGCCUUUGCUAAGGAGGAGGGAAAGGUUUGACGCUGCUAAGCCUUUUCCUCUUCUAGUUCUUGCAAACUGAUGCUCCCCCCCUCAAAAAAAGCAAAAAGGAGCAACAGGUGCCUCAUCAGGUCUUCGUCUACUCCCUUAAAAAAAUAGAGGCCAGCCCAAAUGAGAAGAAAGUGUGUUAAUGUAAAAGAAGAAAGGGAGAUGGGGGAAAUGUCAGUGCUGCCUUUGGGGAUCUGCUCCAAGUUUUCAUUAGAUUGGCUGGGCAGCUAUGCUUGUGCUUGCCAUUCUCUCUCUCUCUCUCUCUCUCUCUCUCCAUCCCUCUGUUACUCUCUGUCACUUGCAAAGAGAGGGAGCUGACAGGCAAGAACUCUUAGUAGAGUGGAAACACCUUCAGGUAGCUGUAGCUUCCGGAACUGACUCUUUGGGUAGCCCCAAACUUGCUAGGCCAAAAGGAGAGAUUCUCCAUGUGGGACCAAGCCUUAGUGGAAAGAGAUGGAAGAGGUUCUUCUCUUGUUUCGGUACUGGCUACAUGCUGCAACAGUGAGAGCUUUGCCCACUACCAGUCAGAGCUCUGCUAGGUCCCAAAGAAAGGCAAAAUAUUAGCCACUGUCUCUUGCACACCAGGCAGCUGACAUUGGCCAAGGGAGCUGCAAUAGGUGUAUUAAAAAAGUUAUUAAAGAUGUUCCCUUUCCUUAUCUGUACAGAUUCAUUUACAAUGAAGGCCCCUUGCCAUCUUCAGCAUCUCAUUGCCCAAACGCUGCUCCUUCCUCUGGGGGAAGGAGGUGUCACUGCCUUUCACCCAUGGCCACCACAUGAGUUAAAUUGUUAAUUGUAGCUCAUACGGAUUGUAUGUCAUAGGCCUGGGACAUGUUGCUGUGUAGAAGUGCUCACAUACUUGCCCAAUUGUCCCUGCUUAGUAUGCUAUUGCUAUCUGCUUAUUUCUUUGAUAAAUGCCAUAGCAUCAAACAAAAAAAGUGAAUUUUCAUCAGCAGAGAUGUCAGGGUAAAAUAAUAAUUGUUUCUAGCAUUGUGGAAGUUUGAGAGACAGCAAAGACAUUGGCAAGUUUACAUUGUUAUCUUAUAUUGACUUGGGAGUACAUCCAGCAGAACUCAAUGAGUCUCGUGGCUGUGUAAAAUAUGGCCAGCAUUGGGCUGUUAAGCAUCAGAAAAGAAAAACAGUAAGGAAAGGAUGAUGGUGGGUUUCAAGGGCCCUGGGUUUAGAAUCUGACAAUGCUCCAAGGUCUUCGUGUCAUGCCUUCCCUCAUCCAAGGAAGAGUAUCUUGACGUCUUGGCAAUCUUGUUUUGUGGCUUCUUACAUAUCAUCCCAACAGAGAUACAUGGCCUAUAGUUCUAAAUGUACAGAUCCAAGCUCACAAUGCCAUCUGUUUGAGUUUUUGAACGGUUUGUUGUUGUUGUGUGCCUUCAAGUCAUUUCUGACUUGUGGCGACCCUUCUGAAUACAUGGCAGAUUUGCUGCUCAAAUGAAGCAGAGUGCAACAGAAUACAUUCAAAGUAUGUUAUGUGUUUCCUGCCACAAGUCUGGGUUGGGUUGGAAACUGUACUCUGAUCUCCAGAGUCAGAGUCAAACCACUACUCCACAGUUGGAUGGGCUAUUUAAAAUAUUUGCCUAGAGAGAAGGAAGUUGAACAGAGGGAACAGGGGUACAUAUAGAUUGUAUAGCAACAAACCUGAGAAGGGGACUUCUGUGCUGUUUGCCACCUGUGUCACCUUCCACCUGUGUUUUACCUCUACAUGUUGGGUUGUCUCCAUGUCUGCAAUAAAGGCAGCUUCCAGAAACAGCUUGGAAGACCAGUUAGCCACUGUAUAUAUCCAGAUGAAGCUUAGAAGUGUUGUAGAUAGGCAAAGGAAUAAUUCUUUCUAUCCCACCCCCAAGAUGGUUGUGUUUAGUGACUGAACUUACCAUACCCUACAGUGUAAUAUGUACUAGCUUAUAACAGGAAAACAUGACUGUGCAGUGGCUAUGCAGGUGGAUGGAUCUUUUAAAGGGUCUAAUGAAUGCUCAAAACAGGAUCACCCUGCGUCCUCUUCAAGGCUCAUAAAGAAGCAACUGUAUUUAAUUCGAUGUCCAUGUAUAAAGUCAGGUGCAAUGUCUUUGGUGCACAAGGAUCUUCCUUGAGUUUUUUUUUGUCCCAUGUCUCUAGAGAUCACUGAAGCAGGACUGAUUGUUUGAGAUUUAGAUGGUUUGGUUUACAAAACAGGAAAGCCCAUUGGUAGGUGAUCUUACCACAAAACUAGGAGAAGACAUUCCUGCUUUUGAGGUGGGGGCAGGACCAAUACCUGGUGAAAUACACUGCAGUUAUGUUUGGAUAGUCGAUGGACAGAAAAUUCAGAUGUGAAUUUUCUUGCUGAGAUAAUUGAAAGAUGACCAUUCUUGUGGUCUCCCAAUCAGUAAGCAUCAUCUGACUUUGCACACCAUCAGCUACUUUGUGAUUGUGUCCCAAGAUGUUUACAUUAUGCACAUUAUGCAUUUUACUGUAGUUCACUUACCAAGAGGAAUGAAGAUCAGUAUGAAGAUAAGAAAUGAGUAGAAAUGUAAAACUUUGAUACUGGUACAUUCUUGGCCCAAGCUUGCUUUCACUAUCCUUGCAAAUGGUUCUGUGGGUGCUGAGUGCUGAAUUGUAAUAUCAGACAUCCACAAAUAAUACAUUCUAGGGGAGCAGAUGUGACAGGAUCAGCACAGGAGGCAUAGUUAGUUAUGCAUAUCCACCAUAGGAAGUACAUUUACAAGGAGGUACAUCUUGUUCUACUUCCGGUUUGCUGCCACCAAUGCUGAUCCCAGCAACAGUCGGAAGCACUGUAAAAUAAUGGUCAUCUAAUGUUACAGAAUGUGUUAAUAUGGACUUAAGAGAACAAACCUUCAGUUUAAACAUCUGUCCCAUUAUGCCUUGCCAUCAUUGCAUUUAAUGCACCUGAGUAUGAAAAAAGCUUUAGUGAACUCUUUACAGGUGAACUAGUUGGCAGCUCCAAAAAUAUAUUUUAGACGGGCUCAUUUAUCACUAAGCAUUCUGCCAUUAUUACCUUUUGGUGAGCCAGUUGGGUCAUAACAGUUGGGUCACUGCUGAAAAGUUUUCUGCAUUCCAAAUUUCCAAUUCAGUGCCACAACAAUAGUAACAGAUGCCUAAAAUACCAGGCAAAUUCAGUUGAUCCUCUGUCCAAUAAAUGUUCAUAGUCCAAUGACUCAAAGCUGGGUAUUUCCAUAUUUUCAAGGAAUACACAUCUCUUAAUUCUAUUUGAAUGUCCCGAGUAUUUCACAUAGGACCUACAGUUUGCUUAUACUUUGGCGUACGUGACACUUAUAUGGCUACUAAAAACGUAAUUCUCUCGGUUCCAAUCUUAAAAAUAUGUGUCAGAAAGUUAGGAGAACCUCUGUGCCGUUUUAAUAUUUAACGAAUUUUUAGUGCUGACUUAAAAAGAGCAAAGUAAAGCCCAGGUGAACAGCAUAGCCAGGGUCAAGAGAAGAAAGUGCCCACUUCUCUUCUGAAGUAACCACAGGUCA